AUGGGGUCGUCGUCGAAGGUGGUGCGGCCGGAGGAGGUGCUGGAGUCGCUGAAGAACGACGGCAGCAUCGACGCGCUCCGCAUGAAGAUCAUCGCCCAGCUCAAGGCCAACGAAGAUAUGAAGAAAAACACUAUGAUGAUGGUGGAGCAAAGCAAGGUACUGAAUACUCCUGGAGCUGAGAAAAAGACCAAGAGGGAGUUGUUUGAUGCACUUCGACAAGAACUGGAGACUCCAGUCCUUGAGAAAGGCUCCAAGGCAGUUUGGGAGCUGAUUCUAGACAAUGGUGGAUUAGGGAAAGAGAACCGAAACAGUUGA